AUGGUAGAGAUAUACUGCGACCCUAGGUCAUCUAUAGACACCUUCACCUUUACCUUCUCCGCAGGCCCGUCCCGCAAGUUCUCCUUCGACAGGCCAUUAUCAGUUCCUGUCCCGUCAAACCGGCCCUUCAAGCGUCGACGGGCCCUGUCUGAUGUCGACGGCGACGGCAAUGAGGGGAGGAAGAAAAGACGCCUACGGUUACACCUCAUCACUUCGCGUCUCAGUCGGCCAUUCUCCCAGCCGGCUUCCAACAUCGUCAACCACGGCGUCUCCAGAGUUGCAAUCUGGGGAGCGAGAAACAAAAUUCACAACAAGACUGUACUAAGAAAGGCCGCCAUCAUGAACCGAGUACGCAUGAGUAUGGAUGCGGCGAAGGACUUCAUGCGUCUUGAGCAAGAGAGAACCAAGGGACGGAUGUCGUUGCGUCAGCUUGUUAUUCAGAAACCUCGCUGCAACGAUACGCCACUUCCGCCAUCACCACUUGGACUGUCAGCCUAUGACGCCUUGGACAUGGAAGAUGACAUAUCUGACCCUUACGAGGAGGACUUCGGGAUCGACAGGUCAGACGGUAUUGAUAGGAUCUCGGCAAUCUAUAGCGAUUUCAAUAUCAUGAAUCCCGUUUCCAGCGAGGGAGGGGAUGGAGACGACUGGGGUUUCCUCGACGCUUUGGACGGUAUUCAACCACAGGACUUGCCAGACACGCCGCCAGCUCCGCCAGAGGACAGUAUUGUUGACUUGCUAAGGGAGAAGGAGCGUCAGGGGGAUGGCUACUUUGUGACCGUCAUGGACUGA